AUGGCGGUCGAGCAGCAGCAGCAGCACCAGCGCGACCAGCGCGACCAGCCACACGACGACCAUGGGCACGAACAGCAACGGUCCAAGGCGGGGGAAGAGCGGCUCAAGGAGCAACAGGAGGCAAGGGUGGCGUUCAUGCGUGCGCUUUCGGGGCCGCCACGCCCUGCCAAGCAGCAGUUCAGCCACCUGCUCGUCAUCGACCUUGAG